AUGGAGAAGCGAGGUCGGGCGGCGCCCCGCACGCGCCCUACAGAAGAAAGCGGGCGAAGAAAAAAUGAGGGAGACGAAAAACUAGAGCGGGACGGAAAAGUGGGUGAAAAACGAAAAAUUUCACCCCCUAAGCCUCCUCCCGGCCGGCAGCCUGCCGCCACGCGGGCCCUUCGCACACGCACACAUGCGUGGAGACACGCGAUCUACGAGCCUUGA